AUGAUAGCGUUGCGGCGAGAGACGGACGGCUGUGGUGCGGUGACGUCAUCCUGCAGCGUACAGAGCCAUCCCGAGUCGGGGCAAAGCUACAUCUCAGCGGUGUACAACGACAGUGUAGCGGCAAGAGACGGUCGGCUGCGGCGCGGUGACGUCAUCCUACAGGUGAACGAUGAGAACGUGACUUCAAUGAAGACACCAGAGGUGAUAGACUUGCUCCGAAUACUGAGGGGAUCUAUCUGCAUCACAGUUCUAAGACCGCCUAACGCACAAUAAAAGCACAAAAGCACCCUAUCUCAUUAGCCACAGAGCUGAAUAUGAAACGAGACUUCACGCUGUAACGGAAGGCCUUUUGAAACAAAAGGCAACUGCGUCGUUGCUCUAGUGAUGUUGUUGGUGCGAUAAUCUAAUUAUCGAUAUUAAGUAAUCUCGUAUGAAUAAUUCAAAUCAAGUAUAGUUUCAUCAGUUUUAACUUCUUAUUGAUCAAUCAUUUUGGUACAUGUAAGAAUGAAAUGUAUAAAAAUAGAGGAUUUUUUUUCGGAAUGAAAAUUGAAUAUAUUUAAACUAUUUAGCAAACUCAUUACCAGGCAUCAGAAUAUUAUGGAUAUGACAAUAAAAUAAAAUUACAUACAACAUUAACUUCACCGUCAGUCGAACUAGAACUUAUAAUACAAAAUACCUAUUUGAUUAACUAAUUAUAAUUAUAAGCCCACUGUAAAGUAAACAUCUUGAAGUUCCUAAUAUUCCUAAAACUAGCUAAAACAAAAAUGACACCCUGAAAACAUUUCUUAUAUUAAACGAGUUACCUAAUUAAGUGUAGGAGUGACGGAAUUGAUCUCUGUUUGUAAUCUCAUGAAUGAUAGGUAUUCAGAAAAUUAGUGUUAAUGUUAAGCCUCGAAAGUCUUGCCCGACCAAAAAAUACACAACGAAAUCAAUGGAUUACGAUUUUAUUUUUAUUGAAGUACAAUAAUGGAAUGGCUUUGCAAAUUAACAAAAGCUAUUUGUUCGAUAUUUUAAAUGAACUCUGAAUAUUCGACGUCGAAUAUCGAUAUCGGCAAAGUCUUUUAUGCAGCACUACCAUCAGAGAUUUUCUUCAUCCAAUUUCUAAAGCAAUUACUUGGUUUUAUGCUGCCCAAAUAGAACUAGAGUUUAUUUUGUAUGUAUGUCUAAAUUUGGCUUCGAAAAACGCAGAAACUGUUAGCAAUUAAUUUAGUAAUUGGAUGACCUAUAGUCAGUCAUUGUGACCAUACAAAACACAAUGUUUAUCACGUAUAUACUACACUAAUAUCAAUUAUAACAAUAAAUAGCACAAUACGCGUUUUAUUGUAGAAAAUUGUAAGAGAUAUUAGCAUUCCACGAAUUAAUUACUGUAAAUAGUGUAAAUUAAAAGACAGUAUGUAAACGUAGUGUCUACUGUUGUUUUAAAUUUUAAUGUAAUGAAUGAAAUAAAACAAUUCGAGGGAAAUCGUAACACCCAAAUAUGUAUGACUGGGUCUCAGAUAAUGUAUUUUUGAUCAAAAUUAAAUUAUUUAUUAAAAUUUGUUAUAAUGCUAUAAUGUUUAAUCUGCCUCCAAUAUUCCUGCCUGAAUGUAUAUUUUUAUCAAAUAUUUAAAAUACUGCUUGCACACAGAUAAAUAGUGGAAAAUUUUGCAAGCAAACGUAUAUUUUCGAUUACAUAAUAAAGGAUUACUUUGAGACAAUAAUAGGGAUGAUGACACUACUGACAUUUUUUCAACCAAUAUUGAAAGAAUACAUUAAGUAUGAAAAUAUUUUUUUAAAGUUAAUUUGUACGAACUACGAAUUCGUUUAUGAUUUGGCCAAUCGCUAACGCUGUAUUACCAGAAUAAUAUUAUGUAUACUUAAUGUGACUUUUUCAAUAGUUUUUGUAAAUGGUGUCAUCAUACCUAAAUGUAAUUACUUUUGUACUUACUAUUAUUAAUUUGAUCUAGGUAGGAACUUUCUACUAGCAUUACUUUAAUUUCAUUAAAUUGAAAAAACUCCAUAGCAAUGAAGUAGGUAACCGUUAUUGCUUACAAUUAAUUCGUACAAAUUAAUUAUUUUUAUGCAAAAGAUGAGUUAUUACAAAGUACCUAUAGGUUUUGAAAUUCUAGAUGGAAUAAAGUAAAAUUUUGUAAUUUUCCGAGUUAGAACGCAUUUCGAAAUUUACCUAUGUCACAUAUUUUAUGUAUUUAAAUAAUGUAAAAAGUGUUAACCUCUGAGGUCAUACGCGUUAAAAUAGGCCUAUGGGUCAUAGAUGGACCUGAGUAAAUCUUCCAAAACUUGUAAAACACUAUAGUACUCUAUGAUAUUCGACCUAACAUGUUAUUAUAGCUAUAUUUCUUUAUCUAGGCACUGAUAAUAAUCUAGUCAAAUCUAAAUUUUAAUUCUAUUUAUCACAGUUAACCCUCUGAGAAAUCCUUAAAUAUAUUUAAAAGUACGUUAAUUAUCUAAAGUACAGAGACGUCAUUCUAAUUGAUUUCUCAGAUUAGUAAAAAUGUUAUUACCUUGAAAGAUUUUAUUGACAAAUCAACUGAAGAAAUCUAUUUUAAUAAUUAUAAAUAAAUUAUAAUGUAGUUAACGUAGAAGUAAAGAUAUUACAGAUGUGUAACAUUAACGAAUCAAUCAACUGAUAUUCUAAAAUAAUUGUGAUGGUUUAUGUUAGUAUACUGUGUAUUGUAAAGUCUAGAUGUACGAAAAAGAUUAUUAAUAUACGAUGUACGUGCAUAUAGACCUGGCCCAGUUAUAUUGUUUCCAAAAGGUUAGUAAACUGCAUACCUCACACUGUUGUAAAUAGAAGUAACUUAAAUGUAUAUUUUUAUGAAACCUGGUCAUUCUGUAAAUCUGUAGCUUGUAUUAAAUAAGCCUACUUAUCACCAUAUUACAUAUUACACCAUACAAUAAGUUUGUUUGUAUUUAUUAUCAUUUAACCUACGUUAUAAUUCAUUUUAAAAAAUUUGAAGAUAUGUUUCAAAUAAUUAAUAAAUUCUAAGUCAUCACGGAAUGCCUGAGUAGAAUAUGUAGAAGUAGUAACAUGACAAAUGGAAUGAAAUAUUAGACAUGGAUUAUCAUCAUACAUAUCCAUUUAACAUAAUAUAUUAUGGUAUGGAAAUAUCUUUCUAAGGUCAUUUGGUCGGUCGAUAAGAGAUUGAGGUAACAUAUUUCCAUUUAGAGGUAUGAUUUAUUUUAAGAGGUACGCUCUACAAGUUGGAAAAUACAGAAUACUUCCAACACAUAAUUUUUAUCAUAGAGAUGGGAAUCAAUCAUUUCUUUGUACCUAGGUAUUUGACUAAUGUUCAUCUGAUAUUAAUAUUUUUUACAGUCAUCUAUGAUUUAACGUCUAAAUUGUUAACGGCCGACCAUUUGGUCUCGUUUGAACUAAUCACCCCACAGUUGGCUUAAAUUCUUUUGCAAUUAAAAUAAUCUUUAUCCAUUUUGUAAAUAUUGAAAGCUUCUACGCCUAUCUUAGCAACUGAUUUGAAAUAUCUCACACGUACCUAUGUAAGCACUUAAUUGUAAUGUAAAAGAGUAAAUAUGCGCUCAAAUACACGUGAAAAAGUUUGGGGGAAAAUAUUCAAUGGCAAAAAAUAAUUUAAAUAUUUAAAUAUUUAAAUGUAUAAAUAUACAUGCCGCACAUCAAACACCUCUGAAAACAGCUAAGAUGAAACUGCUACUAUUAUACGGUGGCUCUCCUUCAUGUAAUAAAGUUUAAACCUUUAACCCUUUGUUAAUGGAGAACUAACUCGUCAAAUACAAUUUGUAGAAGUCCUUAAUAUAAAUUACAAAUGACCAUCGCCAUAAGGUUUGUCACACAUUAAAUUCGUAUCUCAUCAUGUAGUAUCUUGCAAGUUUUAAUGAUGAUUCAAUCGAUAUAAAUAAAAAACCUCAUAAAACUUAAAUAAGGUAAGGCUCUCAGAAUUGAAUUUAGAUGAGGUGCAGUGUUUCCAAUUCGGCGACUAACAAUCCAUAUAGUAAAUAUGAAGAUUUAUUAUGUUUGUGGUGCUCAAUGUAUGUUAGAUGCCCGCGUGCUUGCUAGUCUACCCUACAACUGGGCCGUAGUGAAGGUGAGAACGUUAUGUUACGGAAUACAGUCAUAUAAGUUGGGAUGUACCAUAUACUUAAAUACGAGUAAAUACUAUAGUUAUAAAUAAAUAUAAUUUAAAUUA